AUGAAUGGCCCGGUCCAAGCCGGCGGUGUGAUAGGCGCAAUGCUGCUGCCCACGGUUGCGGACAAAUGGGUACGCAAGUGGGCGUGCGCUGUGUCGGCCGCCCUAGAGAUUCUUUCUGGUGCUAUCAUGGCAGCAUCUGUGAAUGUUGGAGUGUUUAUAGCCUUCAGGUUUGUGGCAGGAGCUGCGGUCUUCAUGAUCCUCGCUGCUGUGCCAAUUCUCAUGAAUGAGAUUGUGCCGGUUCAUAUUCGAGGUGCUCCGGUGGACGUCCAUGGUGUUAUGUUGGUGCUUGGUUACAUCAUACAGGGAUCGCCCACCGCAUUCGAGACCAUCAGGUGGAAAUUAUACCUCUGCUUCAUCGUCCCUGGUACUAUCGGCGCAGUCGUGGUGUGGUUCUGGUUUCCGGAGACAAACGGCCUACCGUUAGAGGAGGUAGCAGCCCUUUUCGGCGAUGCAGAUGAGGUGGCUAUCUACCAGCGCGACAUCAAAGUUGACUUCGCAACGCACAUAAUUGUGGAACACCAUGCUGGAGACCCCCGGGGAGGGGGGGAGGUCGCGUAA